GUGAAUGCAGCAGCAGUUAGCCUGGUGUGUUUAUUACCAAACAAUCCUUCACCAUCCUGCUUAGUUAGUCCUUGUGAAGGCAUUCCCUCAGAGCCACAAUCUUCACUAUGAACUCCACUGAAGAUGCAUUCCUGGCAACACUGACUAAAAAAGAAUUUCCUUCUGCAGCACCUUUGUCACUAAAAAUCAAAUCCAUUAUAAAGAUCUCCACUGUAGCAUUUUUAUAUAUUGUAACCAUGCACAUCAAUGGCUUGCUGAUUUUUACGUUUCUCAAGCAGCCUCUGUUCCAUGGUAAUUCCCGCUAUGUCCUCUAUAUCCACAUGGUGUUCAAUGAUGUGUUUGGGCUGAGUGUCUCAUUUAUCAUGCAAAUUUAUUUUCAGGUAAUGCCCUACACACCUGUGCCAGUGUGCUACUUUCUCUUGAUCCUGUCUGUUUCUAGCACCUUCAACACCCCCUUGAAUUUAGGACUGAUGGCCCUUGAGCGCUAUGUUGCAAUUUGCCAACCACUCCGACAUGCAGAACUCUGCACCAUUCCCAGAACGUCCUGUGCUCUUGCUGUGACGUGGGUGAUAAGCCUCCUUCCUGCAGUGUCAGACCUCAUCAUUGUCUUCUUCGUUGAGUCACUGAGCUUUUUCAACACCAGAAUAAUCUGUAAAGGAGACAGCUUCAGCAGGGCACCAUUCCAGUCCAUUAAGAGACACUGCAUGAACAUCAUCUAUUUCUCACUCGUUUGGCUUAUUAUCAUUUUCACAUAUACUGGGAUUUUCAUUGCUGCCCGGUCGGCCAGCAUCUCUGAUAAAUCAUCUGCCAAAAAGGCGUACAACACUGUGCUUCUUCAUGCAGUUCAAUUAAUGUUAAGUAUGCUUACAUUUCUGGCUCCCUUAACGGAGAUAUUCUUUGUAGAAUUUCCAGUGGAAUACCAGAUGGAUGCUCAAUACAUCAGGUAUGUCUUUGUAAACAUUCUUUCACGAUUUCUGAGUUCAUUAAUUUAUGGACUAAGAGAUGAAAACUUCCGAAAGCACAUUAAAGGACAUUUGAAGUGCUUCUGUAAGACAUUCCAUUCAGAUAAGGACAUGCAAAAGUAAUCUGUGGGUUUUUAGUAAAUUAUUGCAUUUGUGUGGUAAAGUAAAUAUUGAAAUAAUGGAAAUGCAACCUUCUAAGAAUUGUGCUUGGAUGUCAGUCAUGUUGGUCCUUGUUGGUUUUCAGAAAUCUGUAAGAAGUCUUCAUUGUGAUCCUAACCUUCUGUGAAGACAAAGUAAGGUGGCCAGCUGCAUGAAAACUGAAGACAAAAAUUUUCUUCAAAACCCUACAUCAUAUUUUAUUCGUCCUUGUCUCAUCUUAUUACUUGUAUUUUUUAGUUAAUGUCAAUUUGCAUUUUCAUUGUCUUUUCUGAAGAGUAUAGCCAGUGCAUUUAAUUAAUAAUUACAUGUAAACCAAUGUAUCAUUAUUUUAAAAAAAAUUCCCUAGUUUCUUUUGUAUGUAUUAAUCAUUAAAUGCCAAUUGUUUGAUAAGACGGUUACAGAUUAAAUGGUAAUACUAAUGUUGUGUUACCUUCAUUUCAUUAUGAAUCUGCAUGUCUGGCAUUAGGCUUGUGAUGUGUGAAGGGUUUGUUCUGACCUGCAUAAAUGGAUGGAUGGGUUAAAUCUGCAUAUACAGCUUUUAAAAUAAAGAAA